AUGAGUAUUCCUCUAUCUAUAAGAACGUUCACAUGGAAAAGAGAUUCCCAUGGACUAUUUGACUAUGAAACAAAAGACAUGGCCAUAAAUAACUUUAAAACAGUGAAAUCAGGAAGAGUUAUAUUAGCAGGAGAAUCCUGCGAAUUUAAUACUGAAAACUCUCUACCUCUUGAAGGUGUACUUGUACAGGUAUAUGAAACUAAUAACGAAUAUGUAAUCAGAUCAGAAAAGCAAGACCGUUUCUGAUUUGUCGUUAAAGAUUACCACGGUGAAGAAGGCUAUAAAGGCUAUAAAUUAAGCGAAGAUGACAUCAUAAAAAUUGGCAGAAUAAAACUUAAGGUAAAAGAAAUAAACUACAAAGGAUAUGAACCUAUCCAAGAACUUAAAGAUGAAGAAGAAGAUGAAAGGCCAUCCAACGGAGCAGCCUGCCGGUUUUGCUUAGGUGACACAGAAAAGGACAACAACCCCUUAAUCACUCCUUGCAAAUGUUCAGGAAGCAUGAGAUUCAUUCAUUAUAAAUGCUUGCAAGUUUGGCUCAUGGAGAAAGUGAAAUCCAAACAGACAGGAAACUCUGUUUCCUAUAGCUGAACCCAGCUACAAUGCGAAAUUUGCAAGGAACUAUAUCCUACUUCAAUAAAAAUUGAAGGAAAGCUAUGCCCCUUAAUUGAUGUCCACAAGCCUCCACUUCCUUAUAUCAUAUUGCAGGACCUCAGAAACGAGAGAUCUGAACAGAGUCUACAUGUAUUAUCAUCAGUCGAUAAUUCAAUAGUAAAAAUCGGAAGAGGCCAUGAAAAUGAAAUCAGAGUGUCUGAUAUUUCAGUCAGCCGAUGCCAUUCUACAAUAAAAAUAUCAAGAAAUGGCUUCUUUUUGGAAGAUAAUGACUCUAAAUUCGGGACUUUAGUAUUGGCAAGAAAGCCAGUCCUACUUAAAAGAAACUCGAGUCUCGUUGUUCAAUGUAAAAGAACUGUGAUACAGUUUAGCCUCAAAGAGCCAUAUAAUCUAAUGAGAAUAUGUUUGGUGUGCUGUAGAAGCAGCUCAGAGAUUGCUCCUGAGCAGCAAGUUGACGAGAGAGGCCAAGAGUGGGAAGAAGAAUUAAGCGAGCAAGACGAACCGUCAGCAUAA